AUGGUUUGUUGUGUAGUCCUUUCGAACAAGAACUAUCUAAUCCUGGGCUAUAUAGGAGGCCGGGCUGCAUUCCGAACCGAUACUGCCAUCUCCAAAAAUCGAUUCGGUAACGAGCGGGUUCUUCAACCUUGGGUCCCCGAUUCGAACGAUAACUUCAAUGGCAGCCUUGAGAAGUCUAGCGGUAGCGGGAAUUGGGAUCAGUUUGCCGAGAAUGAGAGGCUCUUUGGACUGAAAACCAAUUACGAUGAGAACUUCUACACUACCGCUAUUGACAAGAGCCACCCAGAAUACAGAGAGAGGAUAGCUGCAGCAGACAGGAAGGCGCGCGAAAUUGAACGCAGCGCGCCCACUACUGCUCACGUGGCUGAGGAACGUGUCAUGGACUACGCCGGCGGAGAUGAUGGGGGUGAUGAAGAGGACAAAUACAGCGGUGUUCGGCGUCAAGACUUCCCGCCUCUAUCUGCUGGGCGUGAGAACAAGUACACUCCACCAGCCAAGCGGGCACCCGCCGCUCAAUCUAGUGUCAAAGGUGCCCCUAUUGACCCUGCAAUUAUUUCUUCCCAGAUCAAAGCACCGCCCAAGAAACAGGCUCCGCCAGCCCCCGAAGAGACUAAAGUUCACUCCUCCGACGCUAUUAAGAAUGGAUCCAUGCCGAAAACCGAUGCGCAAAAAGCUCCGACAGAAGUCAAGGUCACGGAGCCCUCGAUCAAUGACUCAAAGCCUGCUAAUGGAAAGGGGACCGAGACCAAGUCAACCGACACCGCCAAAGCUGCCCCAGCUCCUGGAAGUCAGGCUGCUCCUACUCCCAGUGCUACCUCCACAGUUGAACAUGAUGUGUUGAAGGAAUUCAAGACUUUUGCUAGCCAGCAACGACAGAACGCCGAGAAGGCCAGAAGCAACAAAGCCAAGCAGGACAAAGAGGUCAAGCUGACAGAGUUAAAGAAGUUUGCCAACUCUUUCAAACUCUCAACCCCGGUCCCUACAGAUUUAGUGUCCAUCAUAGCCAAGGACCCCCUUAAGCAACAAGAAAUCCAGGCCAAGGCUAUCAAAAAUGCCGAAGAGGUGGCCAAGGCCAAGGCUACUGCCGUGACUAAGGAGAAGGUUGCUCCAUUAAAAGAAUCCCAGGCUAAAACGUCUGGUCAAGGUGCCGCAGCUGGUGCACCUGCUCCCAGUGAUACCCGAGCAGCCCGUGGUCCUGCCGGCGCUCAGCCUACGCCUGCAGCCGGGGGACAACCUCGCCAUCCUGGUGCUCGCCAACAGUAUGCUCAGCAGCCUUAUCAUGGGCAGCAGUAUCGAAACAACCGUCCCCAUGUGCCUCCGCAACAACAAACCGGCACUCUGGCUCAGCGAUUACGCAAUGUUGAACAACAAAAAUACUCUCAGCCUCCUGCAGCCCAUCAGGGACACACUCCUAGUCAGGAAACCCGUGCUCCUCCAACAGGGCCAGCUAGCGGUGUCGAAGCUGGCUAUAACCGACGCCUCAGCGGCAACCCCAGCCAUAUGGGUGCAAAGCUGAACCCGAAUAGCCACGAAUUUAGGCCCAGCCCGUUCGCGGCUGCCUUCAACCCCAAUAGCCACGCCAGUGCAGCCUCGAGUCCUCGAUCUGCUGCUAACAAUGUCGACGCCUCAGCAAGCAGUGGCGUUUCCGAUGGCCAGCUCAUCCGCCGUAAGACAAAGGCCAUUGAUGUGAAGAAAUGCUACAUACUGUCUCAUAUCCAGACCUUGAAGCCCCCUCAAGGGAGAAACUGGGACGAAAACGCCGGCCUGCGCCCAUCCUUCGAUACACUACCUACCUGGCGGCAGCUCCAAGACAAUGAGAAGCCAGAGUCUACUAUGCAUUUGACUUACAAGGAAUACUUCGAACGCCAGCCAUUUGGCGGUCCUGCGCUGGCUACCCCGAACCCCCAACAUGUUGUCCCUCAGAUUCCACACCAGCACCAACUACCAUUCCACCUCCAGCAGGGCGCGAACAUGGCUCCUAGGGGCUCGCCUCAUAUGCCUCCUAUGCAGAUGCACACACCCCAGCAUGGUCAUGUUCCCCAUCCGCCAUACGGAAACGACGAUCAUCGUAUGAUGCACUCAAACUCAGCCCAGUCUUUUGCUUCACCCCGCCUCGGCAACGUUCCUGUAGCCUACAACUCUCCGCAAGUACCGUACAACCAGGCAGUCUUUAUGGGACCCGGCACGCCUCAGAUGAAUCAGUUCCGCAAUUUCUCUAACAAUCAUCAAUACAUGAGCCCUCAGCAGGGUCAGAUGGGUGGCCCGAUGAUGAUGCCGCAACAGUUUAUACCUGGACCUCAAGGAAUGGUCCCUGGCCCGCAGAUGAUGUAUCCUGGAGGACACCCGCAAUUUAUGCCUCCUUCUGGACCUCAGCCAGUCCCUGGUGUUAAUGGCUAUCCCAGCCCUGGUCGCCCCGCAGCGCCGAUGAUGGCGCAUCAGGGCUCACAACAAGGCCAGCCCAUGUAUGGAAUGAGCCCCAAUGUGCAGUACAACCAGCCUGUUUUUAAUCCAGGCCAGCAAGGCGGUCCAAUGAGGGGCGGGUAUAGCAGCCCUGUGCCUCAACACUUUGGCACAAGUCCACAACAGGGCCACCAGUAUGGCGGGCAGCACCGAGGCGGCAAUAACUAUAGCAAAGGAUAUGGCGGCCAAGGAACACACCAGACGCCCCAAGCUAACCACGCUGUGCCUGCCGCCAGCCACCCUCGACCUUCGGAGGCUUCAGAAGAAGCCAAAUAA